AUGGAAAACCAAGCUUUAAGCAAUGCUAUCCAAAGCCAAACCCCAGGCACACAACCCAAGGGCAACAACAACCCAAACCCCUCCAAUACACCCACCAAAAAAAAGCAGAAUAGCGAGGAAGCCAACAAUCCACCUGGGAACAACCAAGGUACUGGAAAACACCCAUUCACCCAAGAAGAAAAUCAAACCCAAUCCGUCAAAGGAACCCAGGCAAAAAUCAUGAAAGAAGCGCUGGAGGCGCAAAUACUGGGCAACGAAAAAAAAGCGAAUCAACUCCUAACGCUUUUACAAUCAAGCAAACUCGGAAAGAAGUCAAACCCCAACUCUAAAACAAGGGGAAUUGAGGACUAA